UGGCUCAUUUCCUGAAAUCGAGAUGACAUUCUCAAAAUAACAUGGACAAAUCUCCAAACCACCUUGCAAUUGUUCACAACAGAAUGUCAUUUUUCAUUGGUUUAAUCAAAUUGCAAAUGCUUUAGUACAUGUCUCAAGUGACUCUGUGCUUCUUUUCAAAUGAUUAUGUACAAGUAGCUACAGUUAGCACAAUGAGCCCACAUUUAGCACAUUUUCCAAAUAAAUAGAUCUUGCCGAUCUAAACUGAUUAGUUGAUUUUUCAGUGAAAUGGUCACUCACUCCAAAACAUAUCAGCAUGGUUUCAUUGUGUAAGUCAUCAUAUGCACAAUUGUCUGUUCAACUGUCAAAAUUAGUCAAAGAUAUAAUACCAUGAAAGAAUAUCUUGGAACAUUUGAUAAAGUUAUGACAGUACUUGACAAUCACCCUUAUUGACCACGUUAUAAACCAUCGCCUCACAAUGGCAGAGGCAGGUCGCCGAGUGCAGCCUAAUGUGCCUCGGUCUACAGUCUCCUCCAUCAUCCAAACCUUUCACAGGGAAAACAGGAUUGGACGACAGCCUCAAGUGGGUGGCAGAAGAAAACUUCUAAAUGACCAACAAGAACGAGAAAUAUGCAACAUGGUCAUUGCAAAUAAUGCCAUCACACUGAGACAGAUUCGUAAUGCAAUCCUGCUAGACAAUGUAAUGUUCCAAAAUAUAAACUCUAUCAGCAUCUCCACAAUAGACUGGGUAUUGAAGAAACAUCAGAUGACCAUGAAACAGAUUUACAGGGUACCAUUUGAGAGAAACUCUGACAGAGUGAAAGGGCUGCGGUACCAGUAUGUGCAUAGAAUAAUGGCAUUAGAAGGCAAUGAAACCCCUCACAUCCUAGUGUUCGUUGAUGAAGCUGGCUUCAACCUGGCCAAAGGUCGAAGGCGUGGCCGUAACAUCAUUGGCCACCGAGCCACUGUGGAUGUCCCAGGCCAGCGAGGAGCAAAUAUAACAAUGUGUGCCGCUAUAUCAGAAAGAGGUGUGGCCACACACAUUCCCAGUUUAGGGCCCUACAAUACACAAAAGCUCCUCAAUUUUUUGGACCACCUUUAUACUGAUCUGAUCCCAGAAAAUGAGAGAGGUGUAGAAGGACCUCAGCUACCACAUUAUGUCAUUGUGUGGGAUAAUGUGAACUUCCACCGCGGCCCACGCAUCAGAACCUGGUUCACCACCCAUCCCCGGAUGCUAAUGGAGUUUCUUCCACCUUACUCUCCUUCCCUAAAUCCAAUUGAGGAGUUUUUUUCAGCUUGGAGGUGGAGGGUGUAUGAGCAUCAGGCUCAAGACCAGAGGGCCCUGCUGCAUGCAAUGGAUGCUGCAUGUGAGGACAUCACAGGGGAUCAAUGUAGGGGAUGGUUGAGACAUUCACGCCGUUUCUUCCCUCGCUGCAUCGCACGAGAAAAUAUCCGUUGCGAUGUGGAUGAGAAUUUAUGGCCUGACAGAGAGCAGCGCGUCGAUGGCCAGGAGGAUGAGGAUGGUGGCCAGGAAAGAGAGGGUGACAAUGGCGACCACUGAAAAUAUUACUGUACUAUAGUUCUGAAACUUUAUUUACAGUAUGGUAGGCUAGAGUUUUUUUUGUUUUUUUUGUUUUUUGUUUGUGUUUAUAACUGUUCACAUUUACAGAAUCCUGUAUAUGUUUUCUUUUCACAGUAUGUUCUCUAAUGUUAACAUUUCUUUGUACGAAUAAAAAUGUUUACAGUUUCCUUGAGUAUGAGUGGUUUAUUGAAGGCUGAUUUUACUGUAAAAUCUUUUGGUUUUAUUCAUAGUGGUAUUCUGUUGCUAGACCUGUGCCUCAGUGACAAAACGUCUAAGCAUUUUGACUUGCAGUGCCAAAGGUAUAAUGCAUUUUGGGGGCAUUGACUAUUUAUAUGGGAAGGAUAUUUAGUUUUGACACAUGGAUAAACUCUUUUGGGAGAGAUAUGAGCUUUUGCAGGGGAUCCAUGGUGUUGUGCUAAACCAUCCAGGUUAUUCUGACAAAAGCACUAAAUGAAUGCACAUGUGCCAAGGCAAUUGAGAAGGAUCUGUGCUAUUUUGACUGUACUGACCUUUUAUAUGGGAAAGGAAUCUGCUUUUGAAGCAUGGACGAAGAGUUUGGGGAAAGAUAUUUGAUUUUGCUAGUGAGCUAUAAUGUUGGGCAGCACUGUA